GCCAUCCCCUGUUUCCCAAUGUUUGUCUCCUGCUCCUCUUUAGUGUAUGUGCUUUAUCUGUGCCUGUUUAAAGUGGAGUGGAUCAGAUUGGAAAACAUAGACUACAGACAGAAACAGAGAACAACAAGAACCAGUAGUUUAGAAAAAAGAAACCAGUAAGAACCAGGUACCUGCGGAGUCCUAAAGGAGAAACACUGACCCUUGGAGGUUUUAUUGUGAGGAGUGAUACGAUGGUUGGAGUGUGGCGCUGGAUGCUGGCGGUGGUGGGGUUGAUGUGUGUAUGUUUGUGGGGUUCCACGGAGGCGGUAGGGGGGGCUGUAAGUCGACCACGACCCCAAAGACGACCUCCGAAGAAGCCAAAGGUUGAUCCUAUUGACCUGGCCCCACCUGCACAGAACAUAGACAUACAGCGGAUGGCAGGAAGAUGGUACCUGCUUAACACUGCGUCCAAAUGCUCUUUCCUGAUAAAUCACGGCACCAGAGUGGAGCCUACAGUAAUGACCCUCACACCUAACUCUGACCAAACGUUGUCUGUCAGCACCAAAACACGUCAUAAUCACCAGUGUUGGGAGAUUUUACAAGUCUACAAUAUCUCCCCAACCCCUGGCAAGCUGACACUUAAAGGAUCUCGGCCUGAGCUCAAUAUUGACAUCGUGAUCGGGGAGAGUGACUACGACAACUACGCCAUCAUGUUCUACCAGAAACGUGGCAAAAUCACCAUGAAACUCUACGGAAGGUCUGUGGAUGAUCUGUCGGAGCCGAUGUUGGGCAAGUUUGAGCAGCUUGCUGAAAAACAAAAUCUGGGUCUGGCUUACCUCUUCCCCUUCCCCACUUACAGUCACUGUGGCGAGGUGGACCAGGACCAUACAAUCAAUUGUGUCCCAACAUGCUGAGGAGGCAGAGCUGUGCAGCAGACGGAUCCUGCAGGCUGGGCAGUUUCAAAUGUCUAAUCUGAAGAUGGAAUCAUUUUUAAAAUCAUGAAAAAUGUUGCAUGACUGCAUCAGACCUUUUAUCUCAAAAGGGAUUGCAUUCCUCAGUUUUAGUUUUCCGAUGGAAGCUUUUUACUAAAAUAAAUAUCUAAAACCGUCA